UCAACGAAAGGAGGUCAUUUGGCUACGCAGGGAGAAAUACAACAAAGCUGGUGAAACGUCAACAACAAUAAACCCUGUCGGCGCGUGAUCGUCGCUAACCCUUCAUAGCCUUCUCUGUUGGUAAAAAGGUGUAUGAUUGUACUGUGAGCCCUUCUCUGCCGUUCGUUAUUAGUCAUUUUCCCGCGAAAAUGCAGACCAAACCGGAGGAAACAGGUCGCGAUCGUGAGCAGCAGGUGCCCAAGGAUGGAGGUUCUGUUCUGGGUUCACUGAAGAAGUGUGUGUUUGUGUUGGGGUCAGCAUUGCUGUGUCUGGUGGCAGCAAGGAACACUAUCACCUGGCAUGUGCAGGGCCUGUGGAAAGCCUCGGACAGUUUUUGGCAGCAUCAGUGGGGACUGGUGUAUGACUUGUUUGGUGAAGACGAACAUUUGCUGGGAACUCUUGGCACAUUGUUGGUUCCCUCGCUGGUGUUCUGGUUGGUGAAUGGUUUCCUCCUGGUGGUGGACAUGACCGGCCAGCCUGCCGCCCUGCUGAGGUACAAAAUACAGGAGGAGAAGAACGUUCCGGUGGACCCAGUAAAGCUGUGGAAAACCGUUAAGUUGGUUCUAUUCAAUCAGUUCAUUGUAACUGGCCUCGUGAUCUUCCUCACUGCGCCGACCCUCUUCCACUGGAGGGGCAUGCCGUGUGGCCGGGAGCUCCCGUGGUUCCACUGGGUCCUGGUGGAGCUGAUUGUGUUUGUGCUGGUGGAGGAGGUCAUGUUCUACUAUUCCCACAGACUGCUGCACCAGCCUGCUAUGUAUAAGCGGAUUCAUAAGAAGCACCAUGAGUGGACAGCGCCCAUCGGGAUUGUGGCUGUGUAUGCCCACCCUGUAGAGCACAUCCUGUCCAACGUGCUUCCUGUAGCUGCAGGUCCUAUCCUGAUGGGGUCCCAUGUGGCAACCGUCUGGCUGUGGUUCUGUCUGGCUCUCACCACCACGUCCAUCUCCCACAGCGGCUACCACUUCCCCCUGCUGCCCUCCCCCGAGGCACACGACUUCCACCAUGCCAAGUUUAACCAGUGCUACGGUGUGAUGGGUGUUCUGGACCGUCUGCACGGGACAGACGAGCAGUUCCGCCGUAACAAGGCCUACGAGCGGCACAUCAUGCUGUUGGGACUGACCCCGCUGUCCUGGUCUGUCCCAGACAAACCCAAGGUCAGCAAGGAGACCCUGUCCUGCCGCAAGAUGUCUUGUCAUGAGUCUUCCUGCCACCAAACGUCUUGCCAGAGUCCCGGAGUGUUGACAUGUGGCCAGGCCGAAGACAAGAACGGGAAGACAAACUAGUAAUACAAGGAGUCUAUACGUCAAAUUAAUAUAUGCUUAUGCGUAUCAAUGCAAAACCUAGUAACAUGUAAGACAGUACAAGUGUGUAACAUGUACCAGUGAACAACUUAGGAACAUGUACCAGAGUGAUACUGAUCUUGAGUAAUAUGUACCAGUGUACAACCUAGUAUAGUAACACAUUCUACUGUAUAACUCAGUAACAUGUACCACAGUAAAACUUGGUAACACAUCGUACAACUUGGUAACAUGUCCAACCUAGUAACAUGUACAUGUACAUGUACUACUGUGCAGCUUAGUACUAGUAAUGUGUACUACUGUGCAUGAACCUGAGCACAACCCAGUAACCUGCACCAGCAUCCAACCUUGUAACAGGUGCCAGUGUACAACCUAUAAACAUGUACCAAUGGACAACCUAGUAAUGUACCAGUGGACAACCUAGUAACUUGUACCAAUGCAGAAUCUAGUACUAUACCAGUGUGCAACCUAGUAACUUAUCGUCUUGUACAGUCUAGUAUAAUUACGAGCACUAGUAACUUGUGUAAGAAAGGAGUAGAAACAGAAAGAAAAAACAUGUCGACACCCGGGAUUGAACCUGGGCCGACAGAUCACAAACCAAGCAGUGCUAACCACUACGCUAUAAAGGGCUGACCAACCCAUUGGCAUGGUUGUUAGGCGAUACUUAACCCCCCCCACUGUUACACUUGUAGUGUUGUACCAGUGGACAAUCUUGUAAUGCACCAGUGGAUUACCUAGUAACAUACCAGUGGACAACUUUGUAACAUGUACCAGUGGACAACCUUGUAACCUGUACCAGUGCCGUGGUCAACCUAGUAACUUUCCAGUAGAGUCAACAUACCAGUGCACAACCUGUAACUUGUAGCAGUUGACAACCUAGUAACGUGUACCAGUGGACAACCUAGUAACAUGUACCAGUGGACAACCUAGUAAUGUGUACCAGUGGACAACCUAGUAACAUGUACCAGCGGACAACCUAGUAACUUUCCAGUAGACAACAUACCAGUGAACAACCUGUAACUUGUAGCAGUUGACAACCUAGUAACAUGUACCAGUGGACAACCUUGUAACAUGUACCAGUGGACAACCUUGUAAGCUGUACCAGUGGUCAACCUAGUAACUUUCCAGUAGACAACCUACCAGUGCACAACCUGUAACAGUUGAUGACAACCUAGUAACAUGCACCAGGUGUGGACAACCUAGAAACAUGUACCAGUUGACAACCUAGUAACGUGUACCAGUGGACAACCAAGUAACAUGGGCAAGGCACAGUUGUUCCCAUUUUGAACAUGCUAUGUACAUAGAAGUUGUACACCCAAGGAGGUUAUAGCCAUAGAACAACACACUGGACUAUUGUAUGCACCUCUUAGCAGCAAAUCUUGUGCAUAAAUAGGGGUGGGUACCAGUACAGAAAAUCCAGGUCUGGUUCAGGUCCAGAGGAUCAGGUCCAAGUCUGGACCUGAACAUGGACCUGAUUCAGUAUGUGAAAACUUGUGAAUGGAUGAUACUCAAAACAAUGGUCCAUUUCGCUACAAAGAAAUCUGGUUUUUGGAGUAUCCGACUCCCACUGGUGUUUUAAAAUCGUACAAGGCUAACUACCUCUGUACAAUUUACUUGGUAAAUGACUAUACAUUCUACUUUGCUCUUGCUAUUAACCUUGACCGAUAAGCCCCAAAACGUGUGAAUGCCUGAUCAUAUAAUCUGUUUAUUUUCCAAUAGGUCCAACAUCCGGUCUACCAAAUUUUUUCAGGACCGGUCCAAUACGAAAAAAAAAACGGUUUUGUACUGGUACACCAACCCCUAUGCAUAAGUGUACUCUGUAACCUGUGGCUGUAAUGUGACUUUGUGCCAAAUGGUAAAAAUAAAUGCUGCACUUCUAG